AUGCGAUGCGCGAGCAAGGCCGCCGAGAGCGCGUCCGCACGUCUCUGUGCGGACGCCGAAGCAGAAACCACAGCAACUGAUGUCUCAUCGGUUGCUGAAGCGACUCAGCCUGUAUCACCUGGUGAUGCAGGCGCUGGUCAUGAAGACACUCGUGUCUUCACAGAGUAUGAGCUCGGUGUCUCAUACUCUCCUGAUACGGAAGACGGAUCCGUAUCGACGGCGACCGAAUCCAAGCCGCCUGCCAAGCGUUGCAUGGAUGAUGCUAUGCGUCGCAGCAUCUUUGGUUCAUCUGAUGAAAUGUUUGAACCAUCGCUGAAGCGAAGGCGCUCGAGGUCGCGAGACUCGGGCGCUCACAGUGCUGUCGGUUCUCCUAUUGACACCAAUCCGCAACGAGGUGCCAGUCCUUCUGUCGGCACGUCGCAAGAAGAGCGGGACCGCAAUGUGUUGCGUCUCGCCCCCGAGAAGAAGGUAUGGAUGCCUCCCAAAUCCGUCAUGGAUCACUUGUCGGCGACGACGAGUGAUUGCUAUCGUACACGGUUGUUCGAUUCGUUAAGGAUCCAUCAACUUGACCCCAGUGCGAAAAACUAUCGCACUGAACAUGAGUUCUUCAUCGAUGCUUUCUUUAAGCAUCGAUAA